CAGAGAGUGUGUAUUGAAGAGAAGCAGAGGCUAUGGCUUCAAGGUUGUGGGCUUCAAGGGCUGCUUCAUAUCUCAGACUCUCUGUCUUCCACAGAGGGUUCUCUUCUGUUGUGAAGGAUCUGAAGUAUGCUGACUCUCAUGAGUGGGUGAAAAUUGAUGGGAAUUCUGCUAUUGUUGGCAUAACCGACCAUGCUCAAGAUCAUUUAGGUGAUGUUGUGUAUGUUGAGUUACCAGAAGCAGGGGCUGCUGUAAACCAGGGCAGCGGUUUUGGUGCAGUUGAAAGCGUGAAGGCCACAAGUGAUAUAAACUCUCCCGUUUCUGGAAAAGUGGUUGAAGUUAAUGAAGAGCUCAACAGCUCACCUGGUUUGGUUAAUGCGAGCCCAUACGAAAAUGGGUGGAUUAUAAAGGUGGAGAUGAGUGACACCGGUGAAUUAAAUUCUUUGAUGGACUCAGAACAGUACACCAAGUUUUGUGAAGAAGAAGAUGCCAAGCAUUGAGUGAGGUACUCUAGGCACCUUAUGGAAACUGGAAAGAGCUUUUUCAUGGACAAGUGAUCAUUUCUAAAAGGAAGCCAGAGGGUGGGCUUUUUUUCUUCUUGGCAUUUUUGUCCAUUGUGCUUUCAACUGUGCACUCCUUUUAUGUCUUUCCUUACAAGCUAUAAAUUCCGGUGAUUUUGAACAGAACAUUUCUGUCUGGAUUAAGAAUAAUUGUUCAUGUUGGCAUUUAAUCUCCCAUUGGCAUGCGAACAAAUUUCACAUUUGAGAAUUUUUUCUUUUUGCUGAA